AACUAAAAUAUUGUAGCAGAAGGAUUAAAUUGUUGACAGAAAUAUAUAGGAGGACCAUUUAACUUGAUUUUGAGAAAAAAUGAGUGAUGUCCAGAGGUUUUAGUAAUUAUACACUGGGUGAGUUGUUAUAGGGCUUAAGCGAGUCACGCAGGGGAAAAGCCCUUUACUCGGUAACUAAGUAACUCUGUCACUCGGCGCUACGUUUAGAGCCGACUCUUUGCUCUGCAAUUCCUCGAAAUGGCAGCUUCGCUCCUAUUUUCUCUACCAUUAAGCAACAAUCGGAUUGCUCAGGCAUGUGUUCCCUUCCUUCCAAGCCACCAGAAUGGCAUGAGAUGCUUCUCAAUGUUUCUCCAAAAGAAGAGAUGCAACUUUGAACCAUACAUGAUACUCAGUAAAACCAUGAAUCGUCAGUGUAUAUUUAAAACUUUUGCUUCAGUUUCCUCGAUAAAUGCAGAUAUGGUUUUCCAAGAAGAUGUUGCUUCAUCAGGUUCUUCAAAUGAAAGUGCCUUCCUAAGCAGGUCUAGACCAUUGCUUGAUGAUCCAAGUAAUCCUUCAAAUGGAGUGAACGAUUUUGCGAGACAAUUGCAAGAGUUAUUUGAUGAAGUGAAGGCAAUGAUUUUAAUGGGAAACAGCAGUGAUGCUAUGGACUUACUCCAAGCAAAUUAUGAAAUUGUGAAAGAACUGAUCGAUGCAGGUGCUAGAGGCAUUGAAGAAGCUGCUAUGCUUGACAUCAUAGCCUUGGGAUACAUGGCUAUUGGUGAUUUAGGGACUGUCGGCUCUAUACUGAAUUUGUUGAAUAUGGUUAUUAAAAAUCUAAAAGAUGAUGGGCCCCUUCUGGAUUCAGUGCUUAUGCAUAUGGGAAGCAUGUAUUCAGCUUUGGGAAAGUUUGAGAAAUCUAUGAUCGCAUAUCAGAGAGUGAUUAGUGUCCUAGAAAGCAAAUAUGGGGAAAGUAGUAUUUUUAUAGUCCCACCCUUGCUGGGGAUGGGAAAAGUACUUGGUUCCAUUGGAAGAGUGAACAAAGCAACAGAGGUCUACCAACGUGUAAUAAUUAUUUUGGAAUCAGGCAGAGGCGCUGAGAGCAAAGAAUUGGUGGUUCCUUUAUUUGGUCUAGGCAAUCUCUUGAUGAAGGAAGGAAGAACCACAGAUGCAGAGAUUCAUUUUAUUAGAAUUUUAAACAUUUAUAGGAAGCUAUAUGGGGAAAAUGAUGGAAGAUACGGCAUGGCUUUGUGUUCCGUAGCCAAUUUAAAGUGCUCAACAGGGAAUGUAGAAGAAGCCAUUGACUUGUAUAGAAAAGCUCUUGAGGUUAUCAAGGACUCAAAUUAUAUGGCUAAGGAUGAUACUGUCAUGGAGAAGAUGAGGAUUGAUUUGGCAGAAUUACUUCAUGUUGUAGGAAGAGGAAAAGAAGGCCGAGAGCUGCUAGAGGAAUGCUUGUUGAUAACUGAAGAAUAUAAAGGAAAGGAGCAUCCAAGCUCAGUUGCCCACCUUCUGAAUCUUGCAACCUCCUAUUCACAAUCAAAGAACUUUGUUGAGGCUGAGCGCUUGUUGAGGAUAAGUUUGGAGAUCAUGAUGAAAACUGUGAGCCCUGAGGAUCAAUCUGUCACCUUCCCAAUGUUGCAACUUGCAAUGACUCUGUACAAUUUAAAUCGAGAUGAAGAAGCAGAGCAACUUGCUGUAGAGGUUUUGCGCAUUCGUGAGAAGGCAUUUGGAAAAGAUUCUCUUCCUGUUGGGGAGGCUCUGGACUGUUUGGUAUCCAUCCAGACCAGAUUAGAGAGAGCUGAUACUGAAUUGCUAGAGUUGCUCAAGCGGGUGUUGAAAAUUCAAGAGAAAGAGUUUGGUUAUGAGAGUGAAGAGAUUUUACAAACCCUAAAGAAAAUUGUAUUCUACUUGGCUAAAGUAGGAAGAAAGGAUGAGAAAUUUUCCAUGCAGAAAAGAUUAUCUGUGCUCAGGACAAAGUAUAAGCAAAUGGUUCGAUACUAGUGGCAUAAUUGGAUUGUUUGACUUUUAAAGGAGGAAGCACAUCAGCCUUGAGAAAUCGAGUUUCACAAUCAGCAUCGACACUCUCGUUUCUAUCCAAAUACAGCCAGUGGAGUUAUGCUCGCCCACCCGUCCGUGCCUUUCUAUUUGAAUGGAUGGUCUCCAUAAGUCUGUAUCAGUACUGAUUAAUGCAAAACUGUUGGUUAGGAAAAUACCAACCUCCACCUCAUAUGUAAGUUGGUCUGAAUUGUGUUCCUUGAUGUUGGUUAUGUAAAUAGGGGCAGAAUGGGACCGCCCUAUCUACCAGUUUUUGCUCCUGUUCAAACAAGAUGAUGAUUUUAUCUUUCAGCCAAAAACGGAUUAGAGAGUGAGAGAGGGAGAGAUCAUUCUACAAUAUGUGGAAGAGAGGUACAGAAAUAGCAUUGUAAAACAGCAAUUGCUGCUUAAAAUGCUUUGUUUGGAAUAAAUCAUGUGUAGAAAUUGGAUUCUUGCAA